AUGAGUUGUACGAGCAAAAGUGGCACCAAACAAGGCCGGGAACGAAUUUGGCUAGGCGCGAGUUGGAAAAUCCCGACAAAUGCUGGUUCGACUAUGGAAAAAUACAUGAACAGCUUUCGAGUUGAACAGGAUAUUGAGGCCUACAGCGAAACCCAAAUGACGACGUUUGACCGGGUCAUCCGUAAUGCUAAGACAGCUGCACUCUGGUCCUCUGUCGAUGCGAAUCGCAAAUGGAAAGGAGCGAGGGAUCUCGACUCCAUUCUGAUAAGCGACAUGUCGUUAGCCGAAUGCAAGACGAUGGUUACUAUCUGGGCAAUGUUUGGCUCGAUAAUCUAUCUGGGAGACGAUCUAACAAAGUUACCAGAAGCUAGAAAGGCCUUAGUAAAGAAUCCCGAAGUGCUAAAACUCGCCAUUUUAGCGUCCACGAACCAAGCCAGAUUGGACGGAUUCGAUCCCAGCGUGCAGCCCGCGCAAACAGCCAACUUGCAAUCGUUGAACCAGCUUGAGGCCAAAGAUACCACAGCAGUUCACCAAAAGUCUGCUCAGGAAUGUGGAGAACUGGCCGAAAAACGCCGAAUCGUAGUUGAGUAUGGCACGCAUCAAAAAGUCGAUAACUCCGAUGAUUUCCAAAAAUCUUGCUUGAAAUCUCGAGCAAGUGAGAAGUUGAUGAGCCUUCAAGCACUCUCGGCCGGUGAGGGUGUCAAACCGGAUCAAUGGAGCCUCCAAUCUUGGGUCUUAGAGCAGGGUCAGGGCGAUAUCUAUGUGGCAGUUAUCAAUGCUGGUCAACAGAACUCAAGUGAUAAGCCAGUCAAAGUGGAUAUCAGCUUGAACAAACUCCAAACCCUUCAAAAGAGCCCAAGAAUCAAGCAAAUGACCGGAAUGCGAUACUCGGUGAGAGACUUGUGGAACCAGAAAGACUUGAGCAGCAUUUCUUUCCAACACAAAAUCGAUUCUACUCUGGAGACUCAUGGCUCGAUCUUAUUGAAGUUUAGUCCAAUCCAAACCCCCACUACAAGCCAAUGAGAAUUUCGAGCCGCACAUUUCAUUCUUUAAAUAAUAUAAUGGCCACUGGACCUUUGGUUCUCUAUUCCUGUCUUUUUC